UUAUUUUAAACUUUUCCUAACCUACCAAAAGCAUAAACAUAAGAAGAAUCUCCACCUUGGUAUCCACCGCAUCUUCAAACAACAAAAACAAAAACAACCCAAAAAUUGAACUCUUCUAAAGUGCCCCUUUAACCAAAUUUACAAAUCAAAAUCAACUAUCGAUUUCGCUACGAUGUGUUCAAUUAAAUUGAUGUUGAUUUUGUUAAUCUCUCUAACACUAUCAUCACCGUCGUUGUCGUCGUCAUCAACAUCAUCGCAUGCAUUGAUUCAACAGAACAAUCUAUCAGCUUAUGAUCUUCUCAUGGAAUACGGUUUCCCGAUGGGUCUUCUUCCGAAAGGCGCGAUUGGGUACACGUUGAACAGAGAAACGGGGCAAUUUUCAGUGUUUUUCGAAAAAAGUUGUAGUUUCACUAUUGAAAGUUACACGCUUAGUUACAAGUCUACUAUCUCUGGCGUGAUUUCUGAGAAUAAGCUUUAUAAACUCAAGGGUAUUUCCGUCAAGAUUGUGAUUUUGUGGCUCAGUAUUGUGGAGGUUUCUCGGAGUGGUGAUGAUAUUGAUUUUUCUGUGGGUAUUACUUCUGCUAGUUUUGGGGCUGAGAAUUUCCUUGAAUGCCCUCAGUGUGGAUGCGGAUUCGAUUGCGAUAAUGAUCUUCGUUUAAACGGUGACGUUUCUUCAAUUUAGGUUUUUUUUUUAAUUGGGUAGUUGAUACACUUUCGGAAUGGGUUACUGAACUUUUCUGUAUAAGAUUUUAGAUCUAUCUUUUUAUUUUUGUGGUAUGCUUUUUUUUAAUUGAAAUAAAAUAAUGAUAGAUGAAUUUUAUGAGGGUUAA